AUUUUGUAGUGAAUUCAAAUAUUGAUGUGAGUGGAGACACCAGUAGAGUCCCAGAACCUCCGACAAUCACAAGCACCCAAGAAGGUGGCUGCGCCAAGAGUAACUCCGUAGCCAGCAUGCAGUCCCUUCGUAUAUCCGUGAGGCCGUUGGAGGAGUUGACCUGCUCCCAGGAUGGUAUGGUAGACGCUGAGUGUGUGAAAAACCUAGCCCCUAGCAUGGACGCCCUACACCCUACGUCGGGCGUUCGUCAAGUUAACCCUUUACCAGGAACUGAUUCUACCAGGAAGACGCAAUUCCUUAAUACCAUUUUGUGUAAAGUAAAAAUUCAAGGACCUGGUGGCGUUCAGAAGAACAUUUUUAUCCCCAUGCCGCCUGCGAAACAAAAUUUCCACUCGCAAUCUAAAAUACUUGGUGUGUGUAGCACAAAGGACAAAAGCGAUAAAGGUAAAACAAUGGAAGCAGUGCCUUUAAACCCAAGAACUUCAAAGGAGACUCGCGUGGUGUCUCUUGAAUCGACGUGCCAGAAUCCAACAACAGAGCAUAGUGCUUCAAAUCAGUAUAUGAUAAGUAACGGAAAUUUCAAAAGUUGUUCAUCAAAUGUAGACAUUCUUAAUGUAUCUUUGCCUGUAUGUAGAUCUCGUACAAACACACACUUUCCUAAUGCCUUGAUCGCCUCCUCUGGGACACUUGGUGAUCAUCUUAAAGGCCGAGACGUAAGUUGCAGACACAGCAACAACGACGGCAGCCCCAACAGAAGAAGCACUAGAAAUAAAUAUAACUCAGUGGCCUUCGGAAGGAACGGAGACACUGACGAUGAUGACUUUGUCAGCAGGAAGGAAGCAGAAAGUAAUAAUGCCAUAACAGCCAAUGACUCAGCAGUUGACUGUGACUUGAACACAAACACAA